UCCUAGUAUAAAGACUGGAGUCGCGCCACCGAUGUCUUCUCACAUCUCAUUCACACCAAUCCAAUCCAGCCUCGACACACAAUGUCCUACUAUCAGUACUACCCUUCUGCUCAGCCCGCGUACUUCGCUGCCCCCAUCCCCGCUCCGGCUUUGUCAGCCCGUGACAAGUACCUCGCAGCUCUCGCACAGGCUGAAUCGGCGAAAGCCGAGUUCGAAGCUGCCGAGCGUCUGCAGCAGGAGGAAGCUGCCCUUCGUCAGCGGCUCGAGCAGAUCCAGCGCUGGCGCGGGGUUGCCCCAGCAUAUCCCCAGCACCCUGCUCCGUACUAUCCAUCCGUCGUUCCCGGCCAACUCCCGCUUCCGUUCAACGCUCCUCCAAUCCCUCAACAACCGGUCAUCGACAUUGAAGCCAUCCGGGCCGAGGAGCGUGCCAAGAUCCUCCGUGAGCAGCAGGAGAAACGAGAGUCAGAACGUCGAGCUCGGGCUGAGGCUGAGGCUCGAGCUGAGGAGCAGCGGGCUCAAGAGCAAGCUCGUGCGCGUGCUCUAGCUCUCCGACAGGAACAACUCGCACAACAGCAUCAGGCUCGACUGCGGUUCCUUGCCAGCAGAGGGAGUGGUAAUCCUUGCAACCCCGUGAGAUGUACUCCACCAUCGCAGCUCGACAACAGCACUGCUGUUAUCCAAGCCCUGUCUGCUCUGGGACUCCCCUGCGUACCUCAGCCGAAACAGCCGGCCCCUGCCCCUCGCCUCGAACGCAAGCCUGCCAUCAGGCGCCCGACGCAGGAUGAACCCAUUGUCUCUGAGCCGGCCAAAGCUCAGCCUGCGCCUACACCUACUGCGGGACCCUCGGAGAAGAAACCGACUCCUGCAACAAAGCCUUCUGAGAUUAAGCCUCAGGUCUUCGGUCUAGAGCAGGUUCUCAACCACCUGGGUGCUGGGUCUGUCGACCAGAACGAUGUCCAGCAAUUUUUGAACGCGUUGUUUGGCGGGAAUGACUCGGAAACAAAGAAGUCUGAGCCCCAGGCCUCGUCGUCGGGCUCGGUCCCAACGCCUUCUUCCCCAGUCUCGACUGUGAAGCGGGAGCUCGAAACCCGUCUGCAGUCUGAGCAGGCCAAAGAAGACCAAGAUCUCGCCGAGGCCAUUCGCCUGUCUCUUGCCGAUAUCGAGGACGCCGCUUCACAAUCGAAGGGCAAGUCAGCAGCUCCGGCUCCGGUCCCCGACGUCUCUGCAUCAGCUGCAGAGAUCAGAGCCAUCGAUGCUGCGUUCACGCAGCUUUCCAGCGACUUUGCUACCCCCUCCGAUCUCGAGUUUUCCUCCUCUCGUACAAGCUCCCCCGUCCGAUCGUCCUUCAGCUCGAGGCGAGCGCUGACUCGUGGCCUAUUGACAAGAUUGGACUCGGUCGAGAGUUUCGGUGAUGACGGGUUGAGGCACGCGAGGAAGGAGGUCGUGGCGAAGGUCGAGGGUGCACUCGAGGAAGUUGAGGCUGUCGUCGAGGCCAAGUGGAGAGAAGUUCGUUGGCAGGGAGAGGGAGGCCGAAGCUGUCCUGAGGCCACCCCUGCUCCAGAAGUCGUCGAAGAGUCCUCUCCCGACGUCUCAUCUGAAACCGACUCCGCUCCGCCGUCCUUGAAACCAUCUCAACUUGAAGCCAGCGCUACGGUUACACAGCCCUCUGAGUCCGUCGCCACCCUCAAGCCAUACGAUGUCGAGCCUGUCGACGAAUCUCUGCUGCCCGCCGAAGUAUCUAACCCUCCAACCAAAGCGUCGGCUGUGAAGGAAGAGGAUGUUGCGAGUGAUUGGUCUGAGUUGGAUGCUUGA